GUUGUUACCAUAUCCUUUAAUCAGUGUAACAUGGCCGCUCAUGUGGCUUUUCGGGCUACUGAGUUCUUUGAUUUUUGUGUAAUGAUUGAAUAAUUGUUUGUCGUUGUUAUUAAUAAAAUGUACAGACUUCUUAAGUUGCGUGGUGCAUCCUUUCACUAUUCUUAUACAACGUCCGUGCACGCCAACGUACAACAGUCUAGCCAUGUGUGCUCUUUCUGCAAGUUUACUCACAGAAAAACGCCGACACCUGUCAGUUUUGUGUCGACUCGACAACGAUCAACUACUAUAAACAUGGCAAUACACAAUAAUCCUGUGAAGAAGAAAGUGAAGAAGAGAAUGAAGAAGUAUGCGGAACUUUUAGAAAUUACUGAAUCCACAACAAGUAAUAGAAAAGCUGCCAUUCAGACAUUCAAUGCAUCACAAAUGUCGAUGUUAGUUGAUAGACCUGAAAUCGAUUUAGAUGAAUUGCACAAAAUAAAGAAUUCUAAGAGAAAUUCAUCUUUUAAUGCAAGCAGUAACUCAUACUUUAUGGAUAAACAUAAGGUUAGCCAAGUGCCAGAAGUAUUAACUGAUGAGCAUAAAAAAGAGGAAGAAGAUGAUUGUGUGUUGGAAGAUCUGGAAGCAUCAGGCAUUUCGGACCAAGGUCAAGUCAUUAAGAAUGUAGCGCUUAUGGAGUCAUUGGAAGUAAAUAGUUGCGUAGAUCAUACGACAACCGAAGAAGCAGCGUCAGAUGUAAACUCAUGCACAAGUAAACAGAGGAGCAGGUUGAAAAAGGAGCAGAACGAGUUGUUGAUUAAAGAGAAAAUCAGUGAGAUAAAUCUGAAAAUGAAGGAAGAAGCUCUAAGGAGAAACUUAUGCGCUUUUAUUAACGUUUGCAUUAACUCUGAAAUGUUAUCCAGAGCGUUUGGUACAUUGAUGCGAUACAGAAAGCAAGGAUUGAACGUUUCAAACAUACCACUUGUUAGUCAAGUCUCACUUUACGAAGAAUUGAUGAAUAACUUUGCAAGAACUACAAAUACGGACAGAAUAGUGGAUAUGUUGAAUGCAAUAGAACAGGACAAUUUACCUGUUAACGAGCAAAUUCUGGCAGCAGUCUUGGAAUGCAUCGCGCGAAAGAAGCACUCAAUUUUAGAUAAAGAACUUCUUGAGGUGGUGAAACGUCAUAUGCAGAAAUCGAAUAUCACAUAUGACGCCAUAAUGAACGAAGUCAAAUUCCUAAAAGACCAGCAAGAUUAUGUUAUAAAGGCGAUACGCUUUAUAAACCCAAACUAUGUGCCUACGUAUCAUCCACCAGAUACAAAUUACGAAUCUAGUCUUCUGAAUAAUAUAUCUGAACAGCCUGAAGUCAAAUGUAGUCCUGCAGCUGGUUUAUUUACCAAGGAGAAUUUACUUAACAGACUUCAGGCACAAGUAAAGGCCGAAGUAAUUGGACACGUGGAAAUAAUCAGUGUAGAAAAACAAAGUGCAAUUACAGAAGAAACAACAAAGGCUAGAAGGCAGAUACAAAUUUUGGAAAGCAUGUGGCACGCUGCAACAAAGGAGGCAUUUCUGAGAGAAUUUAAUUCGCUGAAAAAGCGUGAGAUACAACAAUCUAAUUUGAUAAUGUUGCAUCCUUAUUUACAAGUCUUGAACUCAGAUGAAUAUGUUAAUGCCAUUAUUCGAGCUGGCAAACAAUUAGCUCAAGGAUCAGAAACUUUUAGUCCUUCGUUGUCCGUGCUUUAUCGUGAGUUGGGUCAAAGAAUUUUCAUGAAGUAUGAGAUCAUGAUCAAAAACCGUAAUGGAGUUAUGGACAAGACACUUAGUCUCUACUCGCAAUAUUGUGACUGGUAUUUAACUGGGAAGGACUACCCAAAUAGUCGUACAGCCUGGCAAAAUUUAGAACAUAAAAAUCGAACUAGUGGUGUGAAUCCAAACAUUGCAACCGUACAAUGGCCAGUUAAUAUUUUGAGCGAAGUCGGAAAGUUCUUAUACAGUAUUAUUCUUAAGGAUUUAAAAUUUAACGUGAAGGGACUAAAAGCAAACGAGAAGUCACGGCAUUUUCUUCCAGCAUUUUACACAUUGUUCCGAAUACAGGGUCGUCUUGUUAAGCACGAAAUCAAACCGCAUCCGCUUCUCGCGAAACUUUAUCGAGACUCCAGACCUGAGACUUUGACUUUCAAUACGGAUCUUAUUCCAUCACAAUGUCCUCCACGUCCCUGGAUUUCAACACAAAGUAGCGGUUAUAUAUUGUCUAAAACUACUCUUAUAAGACUUCCACACAGCGCUAUACAACAAAGAGCUAGAAUUGAAUCUAUUCCUCCGAAACAAAUAUAUCCAGCUUUGGAUAGUUUGAAUCAACUUGGUAGUAUACCGUGGACUGUCAACAAUUCAGUACUCGACAUCGCCAUUGAGGUAUUCCAAAAUGGGGGUUCAGAAGAGUUAAAUAUAGCUCGACCACCGUCUGUUCUAACACCUCCGCCAAUGCUAAGUUCAGAUGCUGACAAAGCGGAAAGGAAACGCGUACAAAAUUUAAGAUUAUUGUACAAACGACAGAAAAAUGAAAUGUAUUCUUUAUGGUGUGAUACAUUGUAUAGAUUGUCCCUUGCUAAUCACUUUAGGGGAGAUAUAUUUUGGCUGCCACAUAACAUGGACUUUAGAGGACGUGUCUAUCCUAUGCCACCUCAUUUAAAUCACUUAGGAUCUGAUCUAGCUCGAUCACUACUUGUAUUCGCUAAAGGAAAACCUUUAGGUCCGAAUGGACUCGAUUGGUUGAAAAUCCAUACGAUAAAUUUGACAGGAUUUAAAAAACGAUCUCCCAUCGAGGAGCGUCUUAGAUAUGCCAAUGAAAUCUUAGAUGAUAUUUUGGAUAGCGCCAACAAACCUCUCACUGGAAAGAAGUGGUGGACCACUUCGGACGAGCCAUGGCAAACGCUGGCUGCUUGCAAGGAAAUCGCUCAAGCUUUAAAAAGCGAAGAUCCUGCUCAAUAUUUGAGCAGAUUUCCUAUUCACCAGGAUGGAAGCUGCAACGGUCUUCAACAUUACGCUGCUCUUGGUAGAGAUCAGAUCGGUGCUGCGAGUGUAAAUUUGUAUCCCGCCGAUACACCUCAGGAUGUCUACAGUACCGUGGCCGCUAUGAUCGAUGAUAUACGAAGGAAGGAGGCUAGUCAGGGUCUGGAGAUAGCACAAGUGCUGGAAGGCUUUAUCAGAAGGAAGGUCGUGAAACAAACAGUAAUGACGACCGUUUACGGCGUCACAAGAUUCGGUGCCAGACUUCAAAUUGCAAGGCAAUUGAAGGAUAUAGAAGAUUUUCCGCAAGAGCACGUAUGGGACGCGAGCUUGUAUUUGGUCAACAAAACUUUCGACAGUUUACGAACAAUGUUCAAGAGUGCACGAGAGAUACAAGAUUGGUUAACCGAAUGCGCUCGUCUUGUUUCUCAAGUAACCGGACAAUACGUUGAGUGGAUAACGCCAUUGGGAUUGCCUGUGCUACAGCAUUAUAGUAAAACUCAUAAUCGUUUGGCUUCGAUCAAGAUUCACCAGCUGCUAUCCAUGGAAUCUAACGAGAGACCUAAUACGUUGAAGCAGAAGAACGCAUUUCCACCCAACUUUAUUCACUCCUUGGACUCGACUCAUAUGAUGCUGACGAGUUUAUAUUGCGAACGUGCUGAGAUCACGUUUGUUUCUGUACACGAUUGCUUCUGGACACACGCCUGCGAUGUAGAAAUCAUGAAUAGGAUAUGCAGGGAACAAUUCGUUGCACUUCACUCGCAACCAAUUUUACAGAACCUCUCGGAGUUUAUGCUACAGAAAUAUGCAUAUAGGCCGGAGCAAAUGGAUAAAACGUCAUCGUUGUUGAAUAAAUCGAAAAUGAGGCUGAAUUUUACUUUGGGGGAUGUGCCGACGACUGGUGACUUUGAUCUCAAUAGCGUCUUGAAGUCUGUUUACUUCUUCAGUUGAAGCACCGGGAUCGUGUGGUGUUAGGAGAUCGUGCAGUAGUUAUUAGGGUAAACGAACUGUUGUAAGUUCUGCAAUCUUAUUUGACAGGCAAGUAUAAUAUUGUACGGUAAAGAGAUCGCAGUCACUAUCUUCAAAAUUUCAUCAAAUUUGACUUUGUACAUUGCGUUUAUAAGAAAAGUAUGAAUAGUCUUGGAAUCAUGAGGAAAAGUUUAAAUAAAAAAGGCGAUUACAUUUUAAAGUAAAGCGUUUAUCAUCGAUCGUGUUAAUAUCGUCUAAACGUUUCUGAGAAUAAAGGUUAUAAAAGAAAA